CAUCCGGCUGACCCGGCAGGUAAUUUCUCUCUAGUCGCAACUCAAUCGUGUAUACACAAUCGCGUAUACACAGUGUGUACACAAGGCUUAAGUCGUUAAUUAGAGUGAACUGCGUGGCUGUUUUCGAGGAAAACGGAAAACCAAAGGCCAAGUAAAGACUUGGCGAUUAUGGUGUGCUUCAUUAACCAGAAAUCCGAACAACUUGGCGAGGAAAUUUUUUAAUUGCCGAAACAUGCCCAAUCUACCUCAGAUGCCUAAUUGGUCUGAUUUGCCGAUGCCUCAAGUGCCUAAAAUAUCGGAUAUAACUUCCAAAUUGCCGACUAUGCCUACAUGGUCGGAUAUAUCUCGAUUGCCCACAUUCCUGCCAGAUAUGCAUCUGCCCACUUUUCAUAUCCCGGAUAUAAAAAAUGUCAUGUAUGGUAUGCCAUUUGAUCCAACGAAAUUGGUUUCAACGUUGGUUCCCAGAAUACCAACAGGAGUCCAAAUACAGUGUUCAGCAGGCCUAAAAACACCAUCUAUUAUACCUGUGCCAUCUGGAUUGACGAAUAUCCAGUCUGGUAGACAAUUUAAUCUGUCACAAAUAUCUGGGAUAUCAUAUUAUCUGCCAUUUAAUCUGGUAGGUAUAGACUGUUGGACAUCUGUACAAAUAACAAUAGGAGCACCAUCACAAACAGAAACAACAACGUCACAAACAUCAACACCAGAAGUACCACAAACAGCAGAAACCACUGCUGCAAGCAGAUAAACACAUGAAGCCACUCUAUUGGAUCCAAUUUCAUUUGAAAUGGAAAAAUAACAAACAUGAAAAAUUAUCUCAUAUGGAAACAGUAAUAUAAUAUUAAUAUUUCAUUAAAAAAUGAUAAAACUAUUAAAGUGAUAUAACUAUUAAAAUGAUAGAACUAUUAAAGAUGACGAGUUCUGAUAUAACUAUAAAACUAUUAAAAUGAUAUAACUAUUGGAUGUAUAGCAGGCGAUUUGUAAAUAUAUAUAUAUAUGAAUCUUUUAUUUAAAAGAGUGUAAUGCAUUUUGAUACUUAAAUUCUCAAAGUUUAUAAGUUUAUUGUUGUCACUUUUUUGAUGUGUUGAUUGGUCAUUCAGCGCUUCGUGAACGGUUGUCAUCACGGAACUUGUAUAUUUUUGACUAUGUGUAUUGAGGUGUUAACAGUGUAAUAUUAAAUUUGUAAUUUGUAUAAAAUUAUGUAAUAUCAAAAAUUUUGUAGCGCGCGCCUGUUUUGCCUAGUCAGUACAAAAUUACAACACCUUUCAAAAAAAGGCGCCAAGUGUGCGUGCGUGCGUAUUUAUUUAUUUUUACCCCUUUAUUUUUCUUUUACAAAAACCCAAGUGAUACUAUCUCUGUAUGUUAUCAUUGUAAAAUCUCAGUCCAACUGAAAAAUAAAUAUUAAAAAAAAUAA